CUGAAUGUUUUUGUUGAUCCAAAGUCACGACGGGGUCGUUUUGAUCUGUUGAAGCCCACUCUCAUCUCGCCACUACCACAGACGUCUCUCUCUCUCUCUCUCUACACCACUUUGAUUCUGUAAACUCCAUUUCUCUCUCUUCUGCUACCAUGGUGGAACCGGUGGAGCUACCGAGUCGACUCGGAAUUCUUCCGUUCAGGAAUAAGGUUCUUUUGCCCGGCGCCAUCAUUCGGAUUCGAUGCACUUCGUCCAGCAGUGUUAAACUGGUGGAGCAAGAGUUGUGGCAGCGAGAAGAGAAGGGGUUGAUUGGUAUUCUUCCAGUGCGAGAUGAUGCAGACGCAUCUGCAAUAGGGCCUGCGUUAUCUCAAGGUGUGGGAAGCGAUCCUGGAGAUCGUAGCUCAAGGGCUCAAUCUGGAUCCUCUGACUCACAAAGAGUAGAUGGGAAAAAUCAUCAGGAAGUAAUUCAAUGGCAUUCAAGGGGUGUUGCUGCUCGUGCCUUGCAGCUGUCUAGAGGAGUAGAGAAACCAAGUGGAAAAGUGACAUAUACGGUUGUGCUAGAAGGUUUAUGUAGAUUUUCUGUCCAGGAACUUAGCACCAGAGGAACAUAUUAUACUGCAAAAAUAUCACCCUCAGAAAUGACAAAGGCAGAGAUGGAGCAAGUGGAGCAAGACCCAGAUUUUAUUUCAUUAUCUCGACAAUUCAAAGCUACUGCAAUGGAGCUUAUAUCUGUUCUUGAACAGAAACAAAAAACUGAAGGAAGAACAAAAGUUCUUGUGGAUACAGUUCCAGUUCAUAAACUGGCUGAUAUAUUUGUUGCCAGUUUUGAGAUGAGUUUUGAAGAGCAAUUAUGCAUGCUGGAUUCGGUUGACUUAGGAGUAAGGCUUUCCAAAGCAAUGGAAUUAGUUGACAGGCAUUUACAGUCAAUACGUGUAGCAGAGAAGAUUACGCAGAAAGUAGAAGGACAAUUAUCAAAAUCACAGAAAGAAUUUCUCUUGCGUCAGCAGAUGAGGGCAAUAAAGGAGGAGCUUGGUGAUGAUGAUGAUGAAGAUGAUUUUGUUGCCCUGGAAAGAAAGAUGCAAAGUGCUGAAAUGCCUGCCAAUAUCUGGAAGCAUGCUCAGAGGGAGUUGAGGAGCCUUAAAAAGAUGCAACCUCAACAACCUGGGUACAACAGUUUGCGUGUUUACCUUGAGCUUCUAGCUGACCUUCCUUGGAAAAAGGAAACUGAAGAACUUGAAUUAGACCUGAAAGCUGCAAAGGAACGUCUUGACAGUGACCACUAUGGUUUGGUCAAGGUCAAGCAACGAAUUAUUGAAUAUCUUGCUGUUCGUAAGCUUAAGCCAGAUGCAAGAGGUCCCGUGCUGUGCUUUGUUGGGCCACCAGGUGUGGGAAAGACAUCUUUGGCAUCAUCUAUUGCUGCUGCUCUGGGCAGAAAAUUUGUACGCAUAUCCCUGGGUGGUGUUAAAGAUGAGGCUGACAUUAGGGGUCAUAGGAGGACAUACAUUGGAAGCAUGCCAGGGCGUCUUAUUGAUGGACUGAAGAGAGUAGCUGUUUGCAAUCCAGUCAUGCUAUUAGAUGAAAUUGACAAGACAGGAUCUGAUGUGCGAGGAGAUCCAGCUUCAGCUCUUCUGGAGGUUCUUGACCCUGAACAGAACAAAAAGUUCAGUGAUCAUUAUUUGAAUGUCCCAUUUGACCUUUCAAAUAUUGUAUUUGUGGCCACUGCUAACAGAAUGCAGCUCAUACCUCCUCCUCUUCUAGAUAGGAUGGAAGUCAUUGAGCUGCCUGGAUACACACCAGAGGAAAAACUUAAGAUUGCAAUGUACCAUUUGAUUCCUCGAGUUUUGGAACAGCAUGGGCUAAGCGCUGAAUAUCUUCAAAUUCCAGAGGCUAUGGUUAAACUUCUGAUUCAAAGAUACACUAGAGAGGCUGGUGUACGAAACCUCGAGAGAAAUUUGGCUUCCUUGGCUCGUGCUGCUGCUGUUAGAGUUGUGGAAAGGGAUCGAACUGUCCCGUUGAGUAAAGAUGUGCAUCAAGUUUCUUCUCCUCUGUUGGAAAAUAGAUUUUCUGAUGGAGGUGAAGUAGAUAUGGAAGUCAUCCCAAUUGGAGCAGAUCACGAGAUACCAACCCCAUUGAGGAUAGCCUCUCCAUUGGUUGUUGAUGAGGCUAUGCUUGAAAAAGUUCUUGGGCCUCCUCGGUUUGAGGACAGAGAAGCAGCAGAGAGAGUUAUAACACCUGGGAUAUCCGUUGGAUUGGUUUGGACUGCCUUUGGGGGUGAGGUUCAGUUCGUGGAGGCUACAGCAAUGUCAGGAAAGGGAGAAUUACAUCUCACUGGCCAGCUUGGUGAUGUCAUUAAAGAAUCAGCUCAGAUAGCCCUUACCUGGGUAAGAGCAAGGGCGACAGAUCUGAAACUGGCAGCUGCUUGUGAGUCCAAUCUUUUGGAGGGUCGUGAUAUUCAUAUACACUUUCCUGCUGGUGCGGUGCCUAAGGAUGGGCCUUCAGCUGGUGUGACUCUUGUAACAGCUCUGGUCUCACUGUUUGGUCGGAAAAGAGUAAGAGCUGAUACUGCAAUGACAGGAGAGAUGACUCUGAGGGGUCUUGUUCUACCUGUUGGUGGCAUCAAGGAUAAGAUACUAGCUGCACAUCGUUAUGGGAUAAAGAGGGUUAUUCUACCAGAGAGGAAUUUGAAAGAUUUAGUGGAAGUUCCUCCAGGCGUGCUUGCUAGUUUGGAGAUAAUAUUAGCCAAGCGGAUGGAAGACGUACUGGAGCAGGCUUUCGAAGGUGGGUGUCCAUGGAGACUACACUCGAAGUUAUGACAAGAAAACGUGGCGUGAUUAUCAUUUAAACCCGAAUAAUUGAACAUUAGCACGUUGCCUUAUCCAUCGGGUAAAAUACGCUAUGAAUUUGGUUGAAGCUGGUGCUGGCUAAUCAAAAUAUGUGAUGAUUACAACAUGUUCUGGUCAAUUCUUCUGCAAGAAGGAAGUCACCCAAUUUGCUGCAGAAAGUUGCAAGUCUUUGGAUCCUGUAACCAUAUGCAUAAAAAACCAUGGUAUGCAAUAUUCUUUCAUCUUAUCAAAUGCUCAUCUACUGCGGUUGAGCCCCCAGUUAUCGUCAUUUUUAUUCUCGUGCUUAUUCGUCCUGUAAUUAUGAAAAUGUCUCAUAUUUAUUAUAGAAGCAAAUCUUAUCCCGCCCUCUAUAGUGUUUUUAAGGAAGUGUAUGUAUUUUUAAAGUACACAGGUUGGGGCUGCACUGAAAGGGUAUAUUGAUGUAUAACUAACCUAACUAAAUAAAUACAACUGGUUCAACCAUUUGAUUUCAUUUGC